AUGUCUCAACAACAGCAAAAUUCAUUUUGUGAUGGAUCGGCUGGUUCGAUGAAUGAUCAGAAUAGUCUUUAUCGCAAUAUUUAUGCUCAACAAGAAGAAUUAGAAGUAGCUACGCUACCGGCAAGACGUCGUGAUUAUACUAAUUUCUAUUUUGACCAACUCUAUGUGGGAACAUUAAUACAACAACCUGGAGAAAAAAAUGUUAUUCGAACUGGUGGAAGAAGAAAUAAAAAUGAAAUAUUAGGUUUAACACUUGCACGUUUACUUAAAGAAAAAUACCUGACUGGCAACACUUAUUCGCAAUAUAUGGAACUUUUACAUGGCAUUCCAACGAAUUUAAACAAUGGUGAAUUUAUACUUGUUCUUCGUACUAAUGGUCGUAUUGUAGCUAUUAGCGAUGAAGCUGAACAUCAUUUAGGAAAAUCAAUGCGUUCAUUAUAUACGCAAUUUAUAAAUAUUUUUGAAUGUCUUAAUGAAACUGAUGGUAAUAAAUUACGAUUGAUUCUCAAUACUUCAACUAACUUAGCUGAUCAAGAACAUCGACUUGUAUGUACUUUUCGUUUACCUAAAGGUAAACGUCCCAGUCGAGCAAAUGAAGAUGUCAAAACAAUAUCAAUGGCUGGCCAUUUUUAUUCAUGUGAUGAUUCGUCAUCACAUGAAAAAUUAUUUAUUGCUCGUUGUGAAGCUUUAGUAUCUCAUAAAACAAAAGGAUCGAGUUCAUCACAAAUACCUACGAUGUUUCAUAAUGAUAAUGCAAAAUCAACGAUAAAGAUAACAUUAAAUGCAGAUAUGUCAAUUAAUAAUGUUUCAUCAAAUGUAAGAGAAAUUCUUGGUUAUACAACAAAUGACAUGAUUGGUAAUUGGUUGGGAAGAUAUACACCACAAAAUGAUUUAGAAAAAUUUGAAAAAAUUCAACAAAAAUUUUUUCAACAUGAACAACAACAAAAACCAAUACCAAUAAAUAUUUGUGAAAUAUUCGAUAUGUAUACAAAUAAUGGUGAUGGACGUUUAACAUUUUUAUGUCAACUACGAUUAAAACGUCAGCGACGAUCAAAAUUAAUUUCAUUUGAAAUUGUCGCUCAACCUAUUGAUCCUUCAUUACGAGAUGAUUAUAUUAAAUAUAUGCAAUCGGAAUCAGAAACUAGUCCAAUAUCAAACGAAUCCCAACAAGUAAAUUUCGUACCAUCAUCUAUAUCGGAGACGAGCAAAGAUGCGAUCAUGGCCGAUAGCCCGUCACUCGCCAUGGGCCUCCUCAUGUUCAACAACGAUAGAACAAACGACCUUUCCCAUCAACAUCAAUAUUCAUCGGUCAGCCGACAACUAUCAAACGUUGUCGCACCGGUCAAUAUAAAUGAUGAAUUUCGGGAGCAAUUAUUCAAUGUCAACUAUAACCAAUAUCCAACGUCAGCAAAUCUUCAAUAUUCGCCAACAGACACCUUCAAUAAUACCUUCAUCCCAUGUCAAUUUGACCUUGAAUUAGCAAGUUAUAUUGAAGAAUAUUUAGAUGGAUAUUAA